AUGUCUUUCAUUAAAUCUGUUCAUCUCUCUGCUUAUAUCUAUUUCUGUCUAUUUUUCUUCAUACAGUCACUCUUUCUGAUCUUAUCUCUCUCUCUCCAUUUCUUAAUUUCUGUAUCAGUCAAACUCUUUACCACUCUCUCCAUGUCUUUCAUAUCUGUUCAUCUCUCUGCUUAUAUCUAUUUCUGUCUAUUUUUCUUCAUACAGUCACUCUUUCUGAUCUUAUCUCUCUCUCUCCAUCUCUUAAUUUCUUUAUCAGUCAAACUCUUUACCACUCUCUCCAUGUCUUUCAUAUCUGUUCAUCUCUCUGCUUAUAUCUAUUUCUGUCUAUUUUUCUUCAUACAGUCACUCUUUCUGAUCUUAUCUCUCUCUCUCCAUCUCUUAAUUUCUGUAUCAGUCAAACUCUUUACCACUCUCUCCAUGUCUUUCAUUAAAUCUGUUCAUCUCUCUGCUUAUAUCUAUUUCUGUCUAUUUUUCUUCAUACAGUCACUCUUUCUGAUCUUAUCUCUCUCUCUCCAUCUCUUAAUUUCUGUAUCAGUCAAACUCUUUACCACUCUCUCCAUGUCUUUCAUAUCUGUUCAUCUCUCUGCUUAUAUCUAUUUCUGUCUAUCUUUCUUCAUAGGUAGCUACCACAUUUUCUGUCUACCUUUCUGUUUUAAAUAUAAAAAGAAUAAAAGGUUCUUGAAUUCUCAUUAG